AUGUCGUCCCCAUCCUCGGGCUGGUUCCCCCAAGGAACAGACCCUGGCACAAUCAUCACCCUCGAUCAACCUGUCCCUUCGCAUGAAGAAAUUCGUCGUCGCCAUGGCCACUACUCUUACGCUACAGCUAAACUCCUCUGUUGCGACCCAAAGAAGCCCUACAGGAGAGCCUUUAUGCGAGUUUAUCUUCAGGUUCCUUUUAAGGACACUGAGAUACAAGAUCCAAAGACCAGAUCCCGCCAGGCCACAACAUACGCACCCCUAGAGUUAACUUCCUACCAGAAGUUUACUCAGCAGGAUUUCAGCAAUGUACCAAAGCUCCUAGGAUACAAGGUCAGCACUCAAGAUAAGUCAGGGCUGGUCCCAAAUGGGUUUGCGACCUGGCUGGCGUGGGAAAUGGUCCCAGGUCUACGCCUCGGUGACAAGUUUGGGAAUGAUCCCUACUGGACUUUGUCCGCUGUUGAGAGGGAACAUGUCUGUAUGGCCUUUAUGAAGGCUCUUCCUCAGGCGCUCGAGAAAGGAUAUGGACCUUAUACGCCCAGUCUACUUAAGCUAGUCUGUUACUUCAUCGGUUACUUCUACGGCAUCAAUGACGAACCUAAAGACCGGAGAUACAUCAAGAUCAGUCUUGAGGCCCUUGCGCGCUAUGGCCUCGCGAAACCCUCUUCAAAUGAAUGGCGCAACAAAAAUUGGAACGGGGAUACCACAGGCUGGAAAAUGUAG